AUGGCCGCCCCAGGCUCUGUGCUGCAGCGCACAGCGCUAAUCUCUUCAUCGAUGCUAAGAACGAGAGUGAUAUCCGCUACCAGGACGCAAGCCACACACACCCUUCGCACCGGCCGCUGCUCUGCCCUGUCCUCCCACAUACCGACGCACCCCCUCUUCCAAACCCGACAUAGCUCCUACUCCGCGCCCACACUCCGUGAAAAUGAAAAGGCGCGAAAGAAGGUUACUAUCCAGACGCUCCAGAACAUGCACAAAAAGGGGGAGCCAAUCACAAUGCUCACGGCACAUGACUUUCCCAGUGCUCAUGUAGCCGAUGCGUCGGGGAUGGAUAUGGUGUUGGUAGGGGAUAGUUUAGGGAUGGUAGCGCUUGGACUGGAAAACACGACGGAGGUUGUUAUGGAAGAGAUGAUUCUUCAUUGUCGGAGCGUAGCGCGGGCAACGAAAGCCGCGUUCAUUGUCGGAGAUCUACCAAUGGGGUCGUAUGAAGUGUGCGCAGAGCAAGCCAUCGAGUCAUCACUGCGUCUAGUCAAGGAAGGUCGCGUACACGCCGUCAAGCUCGAAGGUAGCCAAGAACUCGCACCCACAAUCAAGCGCAUCACACAGGCCGGUGUUCCGGUGGUAGGUCAUGUUGGUCUCACACCGCAGCGUCAGAAUGCCCUCGGCGGCUUCCGUGUGCAGGGCAAGACGGCUGUCAGUGCGGUGAGGAUGCUGCACGAUGCUCUCGCUAUGCAAGAGGCUGGCGCGUUCAUGCUGGUGCUUGAGGCGAUACCGUCGGAGGUUGCAUCGAUCAUCACGCAGAAACUGCGGAUCCCGACUAUCGGUAUUGGUGCCGGGAAUGGCUGCUCCGGGCAGGUUCUGGUGCAGGUUGACAUGACUGGGAAUUUCCAGCCCGGUCGGUUCGUGCCGAAAUUUGUUAAGCAGUAUGCGGAUGUUUGGGAUGAGGCUUCCCGUGGCAUUUCGCUCUAUCGCGAUGAGGUUAAGAGUCGGGCGUUCCCUUCAGAGGAAUACACGUAUCCAAUUGCGAAGGAUGAGCUCGCCGAGUUUCAGAAAACGGUGGACGAGGUCUUCCGGGAAUCAUGA